AUGCAUUCUCGAAUACUGAUGCUCUUCUGGCGCAAAAAGCUGCUCCUACUAGCCACCUCGUUGCUUUUUCUGCUAGCCCUAUGGUUUUGGGGCUUCCUGUACACCACGCACGUGUCCGAUGGUGGAAAAAUCGUAUCGGUAAAGGAACUGAUGAUGGGUGGUGCCAGUCGCCACGAAAGCCUGCUUCAGCGAUUGGGGUUCUACGAUGAUUCGUCGCUGGAUGACGGCGGACAAUCAUCGAACGGAGCUGGAGUGAAAUUCGUUAAACCAACCGGUAGUUUUUCGAUGAAGAAUAGAGCCAAAUUCUACAAUGAAUGGGAAGCCAUAAUGCAAGACCGCGAGGAAAAGCCGCACAUUACAAAGCAGGAUAUCGCCAAGAAAAAGUCAUCCGAAGAGCUUCGAAUGGCUGCGGAAAAGCAAAAUCACUACGAACAUGAGCUCAAAAAGAUGGGAGUUCCGGUAAUCGCUGGCCUGGGACCGGGAGGUCAUCCACCUCCGAUUCAACGCUUGGUUCACUUGGAUUUGAAAGGAGCUCCGCCCAAGAUAGCGUACCUGAAGAGGCUGAUGCCGAUUAUGAAAACAUUAGGUGCUACCGGGCUAUUGUUGGAGUACGAAGACAUGUUCCCCUAUAGUGGAGCUUUGUCCCCCAUCGCAGCCAAGAAUGCUUACAAUAAAAAUGAAAUUUUGGAAAUUCUGAAAACAGCAUUCGCUCUGGGUUUGACAGUAAUCCCACUAGUGCAAACAUUUGGACAUUUGGAGUUUGUAUUAAAGCUGCAGGAAUUUCAACAUCUUAGGGAGGUGGAAGAUGCUCCGCAAGCUCUUUGCCCAAGUCAGAAUUCGUCGAUGAUUUUCUUGGAGGAACUUCUUGAUCAAAUUAUAGAGUAUCAUACACCGGCUCAGAAUGAGAAUCUACUGCAUAAAGAGGACAUAGAGAAGUUAACACCGAAGCUAACUCACAUUCACAUUGGUUGCGAUGAAGUCUACCAAAUUGGGCAGUGUAGUCGGUGUAAAAAUCGUAUGAAGGAUCAACUGUUUCUGAAUCACGUUUACAAUGUGGCCACAAUCAUCAACAAAAAAUGGCCUCAAUUGAAGAUCAUCAUCUGGGAUGAUAUGCUGCGCCACAUGUCGUUGGAUACCCUGCAGUCGUCCGGAAUCGGGAAUCUGGUCGAACCCAUGAUUUGGGUAUACGCCGAAGACAUUUACAAGUUCAUCCAAUCAUCCACCUGGGAGAAAUAUUCCGCCGUUUUCAAAACAGCUUGGGCUGCAUCCGCCUUUAAGGGCGCUCAUGGAGAGGCCUUACUAGUUCCGCCGAUUCGUCGUCACCUUGAAAAUACACUUCGUUGGUUGGCAGUUAUUCAAGGAGAGGGAAGUCGAUUUGCGCAUGGUUUGCAGGGACUGGCUUUAACCGGCUGGCAACGAUACGACCACUUUGCUAUCCUAUGUGAACUGCUUCCUACUGCCCUACCUUCGCUUGCCAUCUGUCUGUCGACCGCUUCUCGGGGGUAUUUCGAUGUUAACGCCAAAACGAAUCCCGUUUUAAGCAGUCUAACCUGUCCGGAACCCACCAGCGAACGGCACGCAUGGAUCGAGCUUCACAAGGAUACGAUGUUGUCUACCUUUUCGCGAUGCAUGUUUCCCGGCAGUGUAAUCUACCGCUUCAUUCUCCGCCUGAUGACGCUGAUGACCGAAGCGAAGGAGUACAUCGACGAGGUUAAACAGCAGCGCGGUUGGUUGACGGAUUACAACAUUCGGCAUAACUUUUCCUCCGGUACACGUGUCGAUGAUUUGCUCGGUGAAGACUACCGGCUGCUGAAUUCUAUCACCAAUCUGGCACGGAAUGCGGCCUCUACGUUAGCGGAGGUUUACGAUCAUUGGACUUCGGGCGAGUUCAUCGAGCAGCGGAUUUUUCCGAUUCUCGCAGAGUUGAAAAAUCUGGAACGGAUCGGAGAGGGAUUGAAGAAACGGAAAACUUGGCCGCAACGGCCGCUGCCCUAUCUGAAACCAUUCGAGGCACUCGGUAUCGACGAGAAAACCUAG